AUGGCGCCGUACUAUGUCAACUCUAUCGAGGUCCUGCAGCGCCCCGCGACCGCGCCGCCGUGGGAGCACCCCAAAGAGCCAACCCUUGUGGAGCUUCCCGCCGGCCACAAGAAGACCCCGGACCGUCGCCCACUGGAUUGCGACAUCAUCCUUGAACGCGACCAGUUGUUGACACUGCGGGGUGGCGUGCGCAUCCGGGCAGACAUCUUUCGGCCGAAGACGGAGGGCAAGGUCCCGGCCGUGUUGAUGUGGUCUCCGUAUGGAAAGACUGGAACGGGGGCUCUCAACUUGGACAAGGUCCCUCUCACAGCUGGAGUUCCUCUGAGCAAGCUUUCGGGUUAUGAGUCGUUUGAAGGACUUGACCCUGCCGAAUGGGUCCCUAAAGGCUAUGCCGUCGUCAACGCCGACGCCCGCGGCGUCGGCGAUUCUGAAGGCGACAUCAGAAUCUGGGGCACCGGCGAGGGCCAAGACGGACACGACGCCAUCGAAGAGAUCGCCAAGCUUCCCUGGUGCACCGGGAAAGUCGCCCUGGCGGGGAACUCGUGGCUUGCGUUGUGCCAAUGGUUCAUCGCUGCCGAGCGGCCGCCUCAUUUGGCUUGCAUCGCGCCGUUCGAGGGCUGCAGCGACCAUCUCCGGGAGACGCUGAGCAGAGGAGGCAUUCCUGACAAGGGGUUUUCGGGGAUGAUCAAUCACGUCCUUAAUGGCCGGAACAUGAUGGAAGACAACAUUGCGAUGCUGGACAAGUUCCCCAACUGUAGGGAGUACUGGGACGACAAGAGGGCUCGCAUGGACAAGAUUGAAGUCCCAGCAUACAUUCUUGCCAGCUACUCGACCAUGCUUCACACCGUUGGUAGUUUCCGAGGAUUCGAAGAGAUCCCCCAUCAGAAGAAAUGGAUCGCCGUUCAUGCUACCCAGGAAUGGUACGACCUCUACAGCAAAUCUCGAGUCGACGACUUGCAACGCUUCUUUGACCGCUACCUCAAGGGCAUCGAGAACGGUUGGGAAAAGACGCCGCCGGUGCGGCUCGCGGUCCUGGGCUUCAACAAGCCGCCCAUCCUCGACCUCUCCUUCGACCAUCUCCCGUGGCUGGCCCCCUACACCCCCACCACGAACGUGCAGAAGCUCUACUUGACGCAGAACAAGUCUCUCCAGCUGGCAAACGAGGCUAUCUCCAGUACUCUCGAGUACAAAGACACCGAAAGGCUCGAGCUGGCAUACACCUUCCAGCAACCAACCAAGCUGGCCGGCCCGACGAAGCUGGUGAUCCACACCUCCUGCCCCUCACAGACGGACUUCGACAUCUACGUGCAACUGAGAAAGAGGGACAGCAGUGGCAUCGACUUGGUCCACGUCAACAUGCCCCUGGAGGACCUCGGUGUCGCCGACGCAAAGGAGGUUCCCAACAUCAACCCCCUGAAGUAUCUCGGGCCGACGGGACAGCUGCGGGCGUCGAGGAGAAAGGUCGCGCCUGAGUUUGCGCAGAGUUACUGGCAGACCUUGGCGCAAGACACGGACGAGCCGGUGAAGGCGGGGGAGAUAGUCAAGUUGGAAAUCUGGGUCUGGCCCACGGCGAUACAGUUUGAUGCCGGAGAGCAGCUCGUGGUGAAGAUUUCUGGCAACGGUAUGAGUCUUCCCGAGUUUGAGCCGCUGGCGGUGCAGCCUCAGAACGUCGCACAGCAGCUGGUGCAUGUUGGCGGGAAGUAUGAGAGUUAUCUAGAGGUUGUCUGGAUCUAG